AACAAAGAUGGCGGCAGUGGAGAAACGGCGGCCGGCAGUAGCACCAGCGGCCAAUUUCCCGGACAGUGGCCGGACGUCGGUGUCUCAGGCGGCGGCGGCCGCUGAGAGCGAGGAGGACUUCCUACGGCAGCUCGGCGUGACGGAGAUGCUGCGCGCAGCCCUCCUAAAGGUGCUGGAGAUCCGGCCCGAGGAGCCCAUCGCCUUCUUGGCGCACUACUUCGAGAACAUGGGUCUACGCUCGCCGACCAACGGAGGCGCCGGGGAGCCCCCGGGCCAGCUCCUCCUGCAGCAACAGCGCCUGGGCCGCGCGCUGUGGCACCUUCGCCUGGCUCACCACUCGCAGAGGACCGCCUUCAACAACAACGUGAGCGUGGCCUACGAGUGUCUGAGUGCCAGCGGCCGCAAGAAGAAACCGGGGCUGGAUGGGCGCACGUACAGCGAGCUGCUGAAGCGUGUUUGCAGGGACGGCGGGGCGCCUGAGGAGGUGGUGGCGCCACUGCUUCGCAAGAUCCAGUGCCGGGACCAUGAGGCUGUGCCUCUGGGCAUCUUCAGAACCGGCAUGCUGUCCUGCUUUGUGCUGCUGGAAUUCGUGGCACGCGCCGGCGCCCUCUUCCAGCUGCUGGAGGACCCUGGUCAAGCGGUGGCCGAUCGGCGUGUGGGCCAGGCCGUGCUGGACACACUGGAGGGUGCGCUGAGCGCAGGAGACAUGGCAACAGCACCCACGCACUACCUGGAGGCCGGUUCGCGCUUGGGCCCUGACAACCUGGCGCGUGCCCUGGACAGGGCAGCAAGCGGGCGGCGACCCAGUGUGCCCAUGGCCCGCGAGGAGUUCCUGGAGAAGGCUGCAGCCCUCUUCAUUGCCAAGGUCAAGCCAGUGGGCUAAGACCACGAUGCACCCACAUCCCGCCACCUGCCCAGGACUUGGGACCUGCAAACUGAUGUCCCGGCAUUCUGCACAGGGUCAUCACCCAGGAAGGGGUACCCGCUUGGACUUUGCAGGACCAGCACCUGCAGCUCAAUCCCCUCUGUACUGGCCUGCCUACCCCACUCACAGAAAUAAAAUCUAAAACGAC